AUGAAGAUUUCUCAGUUCUAUGGAUCAGUGAAAUGCAACACAAUGAGGGACAGCAAAACCCAGAGACUGCCCAAGCACCUGCACUUCGAACACUCCUCAUACAUGUUGACUCCCUCCAUGGAAUUAGGUGAGGUCGUUGAUUCCGAUGAAGAGGAGGAUGAUCAAGAAUCUCCUGAACUAAACAACUCGAUGCGCCAAAGCAUGAAUCGAAGCAGCAGACGAGCUUCAAGCCGCCGCCUUGUCAUGGAAGAUUUAGAGGAGGCCUUGGAAGUAAAACCUGUUCCAGGUCCAUCAGAGAAUGGUGGACAUGGCAGUGAUUAUUCAAAGGAAAGGAAGAAAGCUGUGGCUAGUUGGAUCGUUUUGUUGCUCUGUUUUGGUGUGGCAUUUGUGGUCACUAUUGGCCUUGCCACUGGGCUCAGCAACAAGGAAGACUCCACAAUGAAACCUACGGAUGUAGACAACACCAGUAGCAGUAACCCAGGAAGCUCCAUUACUGCAACGCCACCCCCACUGCCCAGCGAAUCAAGCAACACCAGCCCAGGAAAUUCCACCCAGGGUGAAAUGGUUCUUUAUCCUCCCUUUGGUGAAGACCUGGAUGCUGAUGUCCUGAGGCUAAUCAGAGAAGACCCGUCAAGUCCUCAGUACAAGGCCAACGUUUGGAUGAUGGAGGACCCCUACAGAGAGUCUUAUCCACCGUGGAAGCAGCUUCAAAGAUUUUCUCUAGCACUCAGGUACAUUGGCUUUGAUGGAGAUAACUGGUUCCGCAACGACAACUGGAUGAACUAUGACAUAGAUGAAUGUCGAUGGUUCAACAAGAAUCCUGAGAAUGCCACAUACCCAGUCUGUGAUGACGAUGAUGGCCACUUGUUGGUCCUCAAUCUUACGGCCAACAACUUGAAUGGCACUUCCCCACAAGGAAUUCAUGUCCCCAGCUUGAGAAUGCUUGAUUUGUCUCACAAUGGCAUCCAUGGGCCUCAGGCCGUAGCCAAUGGCGGAGGUGAUAUGGAGGUGUACAUAUUGUCCAAUAACAGCAUGACUGGUGCUUCGAGGACCAAAGCUGGUGCUCAAUUUUCAAAAUUGCGGGUUCUGAAAAUGGACGGCAAUAACUUCAACUUUGACCUGAAACUUCCGGGGAGCAUAUUCCCAGCUCUUGAAGUUCUGAACCUGACUGGAAAUAGCUUUGGGCCUACAAUUCACCCGCUUUUUGGACAGAAUACAAAUCUCAGGUACUUGGGUCUUGGCCACAACUUCUUUGGUGGCACUCUUCCAACAGAGUUAGGACUUCUUACGGCUUUGGAAGAACUUGAUCUUUCUGGGAAUGUUGGUCUUACUGGGUUGGUUCCGGAAAGCUUUGGUUCCUUGGUCAACCUGACAAAGGUUUGA